UCUAUUUGAUUUCAAACUUCUUAAGAUUUUACAUUUCUUGUUCCUCUGACUCGUGGAAAUUAAAUUAAGAAUAAAUCGGAACAGGUUGAUAAUGCACACUCUGCAACUAUUUUCAGAGGCAAUUUGUUUUGACAACAUUUUGAACUUGAUGCUGUUUGUUGGCACUAUUGGCUCAGAUUUAUAGGAUUGAAGAUUGAUCAUCAGGCUGUGUUGAGUGUACUCUGUCCACUGAUCUCUAGAGUAAGGGACCAACUUCCCACAAUCCUGCACAAGAAAAACAGGUCAAGAAAACAAAUGAGUAGAUGUUAACAACAAGCAACACAAGUGUGGGGCCUUGUGAGCUGUAUCUAGGAAACAAAGAACUCUUUGCUGACAUUUUAAGACAUUUUAGAAAUGUUAUUGCGGUCACAACUCUGUGAGAUAUAUGAUAAAGUGUGAGAAGUUCAACACAACUUUAGAAGGGGUGGAAAAAACUUGUCACAGCCCAGUGAGAUACCAGCUUUAGAGUCAGAAUAAUGGCUCUUUGACUCACAGAUGACACCGAAUGCUUAAGGCAAGCUGGGGUGCUUCAGAAAGCAGCAUUAAGAGCACACAAAGUGCUAAGUCAGAGGAAACAUCCAUGUGAUGUCUGGCAGCAACAGCUGCUUUAUAGAAAGAGCAUUAUAGACUUAAGGUGAUGCAUGAGCUGCCUGGUAAGAAUUAUUACUAUGUGCCGAUGGAGGUGGUGAAUUUAUAUCCUACUCCCUGGAUUGCUUUCACAUACUUUACGUCCUCAGCUGAAGUAAAUGAAAUGGUCAGUGCUUUGCAGCAGAUGAUGGCCACGUUUUUUUUUUUUUUUUUGAGUUUUUUUUGGAUAAACAUUAGCCCAACCACAGCCAUCGUGUUCAUCCUUUUUGCUUUACAUCUGAGUAGAGUUCACUCCCUUCUCAUGAAACCACAGCAGCGUUUCGAGCAUCUGUGUGCUCGUGUGUGUGAUUUGUUUGCUUGACUUUUUGGCAGUCUCUCAGGGCCCAUACAGUAGAUGACAUUUUGCCAUGGAUUCGAGUUUGAGAAAGAAACACAAAUACAAACAAAUGAAAUGACACCGUUUCCUCUCACCCCACUGUGAAAUGCCUGCCUCUUGACUCAAAAGUGUUUUGGGUGACCUCGGUUCAGAACAGCUCGUACAGUUGCUUUGCAAUUGUUGACCUCAGGGUUUCAUUCCAGUAAAAUCCUCUGAGGGUUCAGCUUAUUGACUUUUUGGAAAAUCAACAAUAGCAACAUUCUAGGACUUUUCACAUAAAACAAAAGCUGCAGUCUCAGCAGUUGUUGUUAUUUUGUGUUGUCCCCCUUUGGGUUUAAUGUUUAUGGCAACACUUUAAAGCUCUCAGGAUCAAUAAAGUUUGUCUGUCUGUCUGUAUCUAUAUCUGGUAGAAGCUUGUUGAGGUGUAUGGGUGGAAAACGACAGAUUUGGAGUCUUACUCAUUAUGGGCUCGACACACGGGAGGUGACAUCGCCUCUCCUCCAUUCAUUUUCAAUGAGACAUGCGCGACAAAGCGACAAUCGCGGGUCUCCCUCCUACCAAGCGAAACGCGAAAAACGUGCGUGUGAAAUUUUGCGCUCGUGCACGUGUCGUGCACAGGCGACCCAGCGAAGCGAUCCCAGAAAGUUGAAAUAUUUUCAAUUUUCGUUGCCGUCGCUCGGACGAGGACCAAUCAACGGAGGUUUCAUUCACUGACCAAUGAGCGGACAGGACGCUCCGUACAUCUCUGAGCAAACAUGGAGAAGUUGAUUAUUAUUAUGUUUUAUAAAGUAAAAUCACAAGUAAGAUUUCACAUAACUCUAGCAGCACCUUGUGAAACAUCAUAUCUACCACUUUUUAAACUCUGAGCCGCUAAAUAACCUUAAUUCCCUCCAACCUGACACAGCCAAGCAAAACAAUGGAAGUUUCGAUUUCUCCAUGGAACAGAACGCGCAGACGGCUUUGCCGCUGCCACGGAUCGCCUCCCGUGUGUCAGGUAAUAAAAGCGACAGCGACGAAUUUCACUGAUCGCGAUCGUUUGUCGCCUCCCGUGUGUCGAGCCCAUUAGUAUUCAUAAUAUGCAAACAUCUCACCUCUGAUUGGCUAACAGCAAUGUAACUCAUCCGCUGCCUUUGUUCGCUCGUCUUGGGUGAAAAAAAAAUGCAACGUUGAUGCAUUACCCCACAAAUAACACAUGCCUAACUGUAUUCUGCCAUGUUUUGGAUUUGCUAAUGGUUAGCUUCUACUAGCUGAGAUGCAUUCUGCCCUCGUCUUUCUGUGGUUGCAAAUUAAAGUGGGCGGGGCCAUGAAUACAGAUUUCUGUGGGACAUGGAAGAGACUGGCUUUUUUUGACCUGAUCGUUUUUCUAUUUCCUCUUUGCAACUUGUGCAGGCGAUGGAGGUUGACGAAAACACUCAGCAAUGCAUGUGCUUCCCAGAGUGACGUCAUAUUUCAAAAACAUCAAAUAUGACACGAUUUCUCAGUGAACGAGACCUUUAGGUUUUAUAUAGAGUUCAAAGGUUUCCACCAAAGACAUAAACAGGAUUUUAAAAAAGCAUGUUGGUGACAUUUAGAACCUUUUUCUGACUUGGAUCUAAAAAUACAAACCCACGUACAGGUUAACCUUUCAAGUUGUAACUCCAAAACGGAAUUUCUCUUCAACAGCAAGCAUGUAUACGCUGAAAGCAAAAUCUGGUGCACUCAUACAUUAUUGAAGUCUUCCAACUGUUUCAAGUGUUUCUGUGUUUAGUUCAAGCCACAAAGUUGCACUAAUCCAAAAACAGAGCUUGAAAAGUCUCGUUUUGUGAUUAAAAAUGCACUGUAGCCCACUUUCCCUCCUCCCAGACAUUCUAGCUGCUCUCCUUUCCACAAGCGGGAACGUUACCCCAGCUCAUGUCUUCUACAGGCAGUAUUUAAGCGGGCAGUGAAACCACGAGUAACUGAAACGUGAAUGAUUGGAAAGCGGCCUGCUCGCUGCUGAAAGCCACGAGGCUCAGCUUGCAUUGCCAUUCAACCAUUGAUGACCCCGGACUGAAAAAGCUUAGAACAAGAUUUUGGAAAGCAAGAGGAACACCUGUUAGAACGUAAAAUGUGAAAUAGUUUUGUUUGGAAAUACAAUUACAUGAAAGUUCCUGAGAAACUGUUGAAAAUGACGUCAUAUGAAAUAUGGCAACUUGGAAACUCUGAGGUUCUUCAUUUUCCUCACGUCCUCUGCCAAAGUCUGGAGGUCGCUCUUUUUCACACGCCUCUUGUUAGCACUCUGCAUUUACUGUGACAUCCCGGUGUUGGCAGGCAUAUCCAGUAUGCCUGUUACGUCAGGGUUUAUCGAGGACACUGAAGGAAACUAGAGUUUCUCUGCAUUGACCUACAAUGCGGAAAGAAUCCAGCCAAUAAAGACGGCCGUGCUGCCAGCAGUAGAAGUAGAUUGGCACAUUUUUGCAACCGAAUCCCAUGACAGUAACUCAAACCUACAAGCUUAAUCUCAUGAAGUAGUGUGUGCGCACGUGUGACUGCCUCCCCCAAAUCUCAUUGACUAAUACCCCGGUCAGCUCUGAAAGGGACUGCAUGGUUCUAUUGACCGAGAUUUUGGGUUAAGUUCUUAGCUGAGUAGCUUCCUAAUCUCUCUCUGCGUGGCUGAUCCUCGCUCUCUAGUGAUUCAGAUUAUGUUGGCCUCAAAGACAAGUCCACUCCCUGAGUAAAUAAUGACCUGCCCCCCUUCUCUCUGGUACAAUGACUGCCUUUGAAGCCAAGGCCGGGGUCACUGUUACAUUUUUAGUUCACCAAUUUGACCCUCUCCCUGCUGGUGGUAACUCCCGUCAAGAGAUUAUUGGAAUGAAGUAGUAGAAAAGAUGAGUGAGAUUGCUGUUCUUAAUCUGAUCAGCUCUUCUCAGGCUAUGCUAAUGAUAAGGUUUGAGAGGGCCUGUUUUUUUCUUGUAUUUAUUCUUUCACAAUUUUUAAAUUUCAUGUGCUGAAGUGAGUUUCUGUAGAGGUUUAAUAAACAAAUAAUAACCAACAUGUUGCAGAAAGCUCUUAGAACAUCCUCACUUUGGAAAAUAGAGUUUUGGUCUGGCUAAUUGACAGAAAUGACAUAUUAGUCUCUAGAGUUGUCACUACUUUGACUUUAGACCAUUGACUCAAGAACACACACCUGGACUAGAGCCCAACUUGAAAUGGUUUCUCACACAGGGUUAAAACAAAAAAUAAAUAUAUUUACUGUGGAUUACCUGUUCUUUAAAAAUGCCAUGGUUCCUCAUCUAUUAGUAUUCCAAGCUAUUGUCUCGAAAUAAAUCCAAUCCUAAAAAAUGUAUUACAAUUGAUUCUACUAUAAUUUUUCACAUAGCAUUGUUAUUCCUGCAAAACCUUUAUGACAGGAAAUGCUCCAUGCUACUAACAAAGUGCUACAGCUAGUUAUUGGUCCUGCUACCUGUGCUUUUACUAAUUAACCCAUGUCUAUAAUUGUUUCUAUUAAUUACAAUGGCAAAUCUGAAAAACAAGAAUUUUUUUUCAAUCCUCUUUACAACAAUCUAACAUAGUAUAGCUAUAAAAAUAUUGUGUUGAUCAAAAAAUAUUAAUGAAGUGGUUCUCUUGCAUUAGUCUAAAACCCUUAGCCAAUAACAUGGGUCAGUCUGAAACCAACGAUUGGACCCUCCGGUUGUUGGUCUCAUCGAACCACUGCACUUGCGCAUUUGUCUAGGUUUUCCCCUCAUUGCUUGCUUGCAUAUUUAGCAACAGAACACCACUGGUGUGUCGGAGAAGGAGAAACAGCUGGCUUCUACCACUUCAGGACACUUUUGGGCAAACUAGAGUUCCAAAAAGAAAACCGCCAUUUCAAGUCACUGACAUCAAAAGACGUUUGGACCUAGAAAAUGGUGAUUGGUGCACUCUCGUUUCCUCUGGCAUUGAGGGUUCUGGUUUUGGUUCAGGGGUGGGAGCUCUGUGAUCAUGUUUGUGUUUAAAAGCUAGUUGUUUUGUAGAAUUGCCAUUUCAGCUUUAAAUAUGUUUGCUUGCAAUGCUCUAAAAUUUUUGUAACAGGAGUUGUUUUAAGAAUCCAAAAAUUGUCAUUGGCUGUAGCCUUACUUGAACUAGUCAUUGUCUUGUCAGUGCAGUUAAAACUAACUCUGUUUCCCCAAACUGAGGUUCAACAGGUACAGAGUGAUCUAUAUAAAAAUUUCCACAGAAAUGUUAUUAAAAUUAUCUGCACUUUAACAGAAAGUCAUGCACAAGUGGUUCAUCAGAAAGAAACAGAUCCUAAUAUAAAAGCCUAAAGGGGGCGUGGCAUCCUGUAACUCUACUGUAUGCGUGUUAUUAGCAAUAAACCCAACCACCAGCUCGCCAGCCAAUGGGACUCCCAUUAGAUCCCAGUGGCCAUCGUGGGAACAUUCCUGACACAGCAUUAUUCCAUAAUUCCCACCAUGUGUGGUUUUCCAGAGGCGAAUGCUCGCUGCACUGAGUGUGUAGAAUCCCACUGAGACGAGAAGAUGAUCUCCUUGUAAUCACAACCAGACCAGAGUCUGUUUGAGUGAGAACAGCUGAAGGUACAUAAUAAUGGACGUUUGUGUUGGUAAGUCAUGAAACGAGGAGGCUGUGAGUUUUGUUCAGCAACGACACUUGCCUUUCAUAUGGUUAGACUUUAUGUUAAGAUUGUAGACUUAUAUAAAUAUGUUCACACCAUAUGUGUGCUUAUUGAUUGUUCUUUACAUAUUAGACAGGUUAGCCAUUAUGGGUCAAGGGUCAAAUGAUAUUGCUUAAACUGUUAUACUUGGGUUUUACGGGCUUUGAUAAAAAAAAAUCUACUUUUUAAAUAAUGUACUUCUCAUAAGUAAGCUUUUAAUUUUUUGCCUGAAAUAAGGUUACGAGUGCUGUUUCUUUAAGGCCUGCUGAAAAGCUCAUUUUGUUUUUCUCUGAUGAGCCGAAUGCUUGAAGAAAACAGGGUGAAACACAGUCACACAAGUACUGUGCAAACAGCUAAUUGUGCUCUCGCCUUGUUGUAUAUUUUAUAUUACAAAUAAUUCUAAAACGGAAAAUUUGAGUGCAAUUUGAGACAAAUGGAGAUGAUUUUCAUAUAUGACAUUAAGAAUGUCUGUUAGUGAUUUUUGUAUUGAACCGAUGCAGAGGUCAGGCAUCCAGCUGAGCGAGAAUAGAAGCAGCUGGUCAAUACUAAUGUGUCUUCCCAGCGAGGACAGGCUUUUGUAGAGAAGCUUCAAUCAGCUGAGUGAUGGUUUACUUUGGUGCCCUUCCAAGAACUCCCAGGGUCACCACUGAGGCCAAUAUGUGUACUCAUCUGAAAUUGUGUACUCGCUUACUUGUGAAACGUCAAUGCUGGCCCAAGUACUGUUCCAGUCCCAAGUACGUAUCACGGCAAGUUCGCUCAAAUUUCCUGGAUGUGUUCUUGCUUCGCCCAUUGAUGCGUCCUUCUGCUGACUUGGGACAACAAGAUAUCCCAUAAUGCAUUGUGUCACAAACUGUUGCACUUUGAACAGUAGCCUUAAAUAGCUCUGACUGAACUCUAAAUUCAUACUUAACUUUAAAAUUAUGAAUUUAGGAAUAAAACUUGUUUAUGGAAUAUUAUUUUUUAAUAAUCAUUAACAUAGAUUAGCGUUCCACUUUUGGUUCUUUUUUAAAACACAGGAAAGGUUUCUCUUUACCUUGCUAAUGUUUCGUUUGCCGAUUGCAAAACAUCCUUCCUGCUCCGUUUAUCUGCGGAAGUGACGCCACCAUCAGCGUCAGCUCUGAGGAUGUUUUGCAGUCGGCAAACGAAACGUCAGCAAGGUAAAGAGAAACCUUUCCUGUGUUAGAAACUAGACACAAUAAGAACACACCAAAGAUAGAUUAGCGUGCUUAAUACCUGACAAUAUUGAGUUCGUAGAUGUUAGCGAUGCUAGCCAAUCAUCAUUCAUGCAAGAAAUUGGCCGGUUUAGAUCACAAGUCAAAUUUAUUUUCUUUUAUCUUGGUUCAACUCUAUUUAUUUAGGAAAAUAAAUAUUGGUAAAUUUGAACUAAGUGCUGCAUCUUAGUCUCGUCUACACUAGUGCUCAGUCCUGAAGGAUUUGCAAGCUAGUUCUGCAAACUGAGGCUGUUCAGGAAUCUAUAAUUAAUGGUAGAAGUUGUAACUACAUAGAAACACCUCAUUGCAGCCAAAAGAAAUAUCUCCUAUACAUUAUUUUGAACCUUGACCUUUGUGCUUUUUCUUUUACAAUCAUAGCCAAGAAUUCCCACAAUCCUUUGGGAGUCACAUAGAAACUUUUGACUCCAGAAUGUUCAUGUAGCCAUGUCUGCCUGCUUGUUUGUUUUCUGUACUUCCUCCUCUACAAUCCUGUCUUUAUUUCCCGCUAUGACAUCAUCGUCAUCGCCCCUGGUCGCUCAGCACUUGGCCCUUCUUCCCACUUCCUGCUUAGACAGGAAGUGAGCCGCCCCAAAGGAGGACUUUAAACGAACAAGGACACACCUGUGUCCACUACACUGGAGCCUGUGUUUUCCCUUGGUCUGUUGUUGAAGUGGGGCAGCGAUGUAGGCCACAUGAGAACCGUCACACUCACGCCUUUAGGGGCACUUUUACGAAAGAUGGGAAUAAAAAGCUGUCCGUGGAGUGGUGGUUCUGUUUGACCUUUAACCUCAACAGGAAGAAGGAAAAGCCACUUCAGAGAUGGAGCAGAUAUCCGACGACGAGCUGGACCAUGGAGCCGAGGAGGACAGCGACAAAGAGGACCAGGACCUGGACAAAAUGUUUGGAGCCUGGCUGGGUGAACUGGACAAGCUCACACAGAGUCUGGAUGACGGCCGGCCACAGAAGGCUCUGCAGAAGCCGCCUCUGAGGCAGGAGACAAACAUAGCCAACUUCUCCUACCGCUUCUCCAUGUACAACAUAAACGAGGCUCUGAACCAGGGAGACAGCGUAGACUUGGACGCCCUGAUGGCCGAUCUGUGCUCCAUCGAGCAGGAGCUCACUACCAUCUCCAAACCAAACUCAGCCGCUCGAAGCCACAGUAGAGGGCAGCAGAGGGCCCCUGGGGGCCGCAGCGCCAGCACAAAACACACCGGUGGAGGGGGGAGCAGCGGAGGAAGUACCAGUAGCAGCACCCGAGCAUCACCAGCCAACACGGUACGAGGCGGCAGCGCUCGACCCGUAGCCUCCAACCUUUCCCUGGAUGACAUCACCUCUCAGCUGGAGAAGGCUUCCCUCAGCAUGGACGAAGCAGCACGUCAAACUUCCUCCUCCUCCUCGUCUUCGUCUUCUGUGUCCUCUGCUACUCUCCGACGUCCCUCCUCCGGAUCGUGCGGCGGCGGGCAGCACCGGAGGACGGGCUCGGUGGGCAUGGUCAGCGAACAGGAUGCUCCAUCGCAGCGCUCCAGCAUGAAUUCAGCCUGCGCCUCGGCCUCCAGUAUGGACUCUCUGGACACUGAGAAGGUGAUGGGAGGAGACGCGGUGGACCAGAGCAGUACGACCAAACAGGGACAGAACCAGACCAGCUCAGAGCAUGCCACUAUGCGACGGGCCAACGGUAAGACAGCCAGACGGCAGCUCGACUUCACCUCACGGGAGGGUGAAAUGGAUCGGGCUACUCAUUCCUAUCUGGAUCGAGAAACCUCGCUCAUUCUGAAAAGCAUAGCAGGAAAGCCCUCUCACCUCCUGACCAAGGAGGAACAGGCUGCCAAGCUGAAGGCAGAGAAGAUCCGUGUGGCUUUGGAGAAAAUCAAGGAGGCUCAGGUCAAAAAGCUGGUGAUCCGAGUCCACAUGUCAGACGAGAGCUCCAAGACCAUGAUGGUGGAUGAGCGGCAAACGGUCCGACAGGUUCUCGACAGCCUGCUGGAUAAGUCCCACUGUGGCUACAGCCCGGACUGGUCGCUCGUAGAAACCAUUAAUGAGCUUCAAAUGGAGCGUAUUUUUGAGGAUCACGAGAACUUGGUGGAGAACCUGCUGAACUGGACCCGAGACAGCCACAACAAGCUCAUGUUCAUCGAGCGUAUUGAGAAAUACGCUCUGUUCAAGAACCCCCAGAACUACUUGCUGGGGCGGAAGGAGACAUCAGAGAUGGCUGAUAGGAACAAAGAAGCUUUACUAGAGGAGUGUUUCUGUGGAGGCUCGGUGUCUGUGCCAGAGAUCGAGGGAAUCCUGUGGCUCAAAGAAGAUGGGAAGAAGUCGUGGAAGAAGCGCUACUUCCUCCUCAGGGCUUCAGGGAUCUACUACGUCCCAAAGGGGAAAGCUAAGGCAUCCAGAGAUCUGGUGUGCUUCCUGCAGCUGGACCACGUUAACGUGUACUACGGCCAGGACUACCGCAGCAAAUACAAGGCACCUUCGGACUACUGCCUGGCCCUGAAGCACCCCCAAAUCCAGAAGAAGUCCCAGUACAUCAAGUACCUGUGCUGCGACGAUGUCAGGACUCUGCACCAGUGGGUGAAUGGCAUUCGCAUUGCCAAGUAUGGCAAGCAGUUGUAUGUGAACUACCAGGAGGCCAUGAAGAGGACAGAGGCUGCCUACGAUUGGUCCUCUCUCUCUACCUCCAGCAUCCGAUCCGGCUCCAGCUCUGCCAGCAUCCCUGAGUCCCAGUCCAAUCAUUCGGGUCAUUCGGACAGCGGGGUGGACACCGGAUCUUCUCAUGGCCGCUCUCAGAGUGUGGUGAGCUCCAUCUUCUCUGAAGCCUGGAAGAGAGGAACCCAGAUGGAGGAAAGCUCCAAACAGAUGAGAUCGGAGUCCUGCCGCGGGUCCACGCAUUCCUCCCACAGCCACCGACAUCACAGCCAGCACUCAGUGGACCACCCCAUCCUCACGCCGUCUCCACAACCUCAACAACAUCCACCACAGCCCCAUCAGACACCGGUGGAAUCCCAGACACCAACCCUACCACGACACCAGCCUCCGUCUCCUCAGCAGGCUCCCCAGAUGCCUCCAUCCGAACCACCACAGAGUCCCAGUCAGCCGCUCCCAUCUCCACAGUCCAAUAAUGGUUACAGCUACCUUCCCCCACAGCCACCACAGCAGGAGCUAACUCCCCCUCCCCCUCCUCCUCCUCCUCCACCACCACCACCACCUCUUCCACCAGUUCAAACAAUGUCACACCACUCGUUGGCCCCCACCAUGUACAAGUACAGCACCAUCACGAGGCUGCAGAACCAGAAGACUUCUCAGACUGCCAACCAUCACAAAUUACCCGCUCACCUCAACGCUCAGCAAGUCCUCCCGCCCGCUCCAGCACCUCGUCCACCAGAGGUCGUCAAACCCAAUGUCAACCACAUCGCUGCCAGGACAAAUGUCCCGCCCCCACCGCCACCGCCUCCUCCACCGUGCAUGCCCACCCCAGGGUCCGCUAUGGCCGUGUUGAGGUUCGGGCCUCCCAGCCCAGCGGCUGCACCUGCCUACGUGUCUGCUCCUUCAUCUGUUCCUCAAAUCAACGGAACGUCAUUUCCUCCCCCUCCGUCACCUCCUCCACCCCCUGCACCAGCUCCCAUUAACGAGACCGUUUACACCAACGGGCUGAAGCAGGUGCUGAAGGAGCGGUUCCCCAGCCCACCACGAGAUCUCCUGUCUCCUAACGGGGAUUUAGAGGAAUCCCCGCCUCCUGCUCCAGCGCCACCACCCCCUCCUCCACCUCCUCCUCCUCCGCCCCCACCACCACCUCCACCACCCCAGCAGUUCUUUGUGCCGACCCAGUUCCCACCUCCGCCUGGACCCCCUCCAGCACCUCCCAAAACCUUCACCCCUGGGUUUCUCCCUCAGACUGCUCCUAAACUAAUGUCCCCAGUUGCGCCCUUUCCCCCUGCUCCACCUUCUGCACCUAUGAUGGUGCUGGCUCCACCGCCCCCACCUCCUCCACCGCCCCCACCUCCUGGGCCUGCUGUACUAAAGAAGCAGCUCAGUAACCCCCCACCCACGCUGCCCAAAAUGAACAGCGUGUCUAAAACAGCAACUGCUCCUGCAGGAGCAGCCCCUGCCAUGUCUUUGGUCAAGCAGCUAGCGAGUCAGUUCCCUGGAGCUCCAUCCCAAGCACCUCCACCUUCAGAGUUCCCCAAAGCCCCCCUCUCCCCCCCUGCAGUAAAAACCAAACCCAGAUGGCAGCCUGUGGGGAGCCAGCAGCUCCAGUCUCCGGAGUUCCCCCCUCCUCCCCCUGCAGAACACAGCAGUGGCUUCCCUGCAUCUCCUCCUCCUCCACCACCACCCCCAGCACCUGUCACAGGCCCAACACCACCACCUCCUCCUCUCCCUCCUGGAAAUCUGGGCUCCCCAAUGAGGCGAUCUCCAUCUGGUUCCUCCAGUUCGGGCACAAAGAAACCACCUCCAACCCCUCAGAGAAACUCCAGCAUCAAGUCCAACUCCUCCACCUCCUCCUAUGAGGAGUCGAGGAGAAACUUGCUCAGCAAAUUUGCUCCUCAAAGCAACACCUCCUCCUCAUGUUCCAUCUCCUCCUCCAAUGGUUCUCCUUCCAAGGAGCCCUCAAAUGGACCUCCUGCUCCUCCUAAACCAGGAAAACUCAACCUGUCCAACCUCCCUCUGGCCCUUCAGGCCAAAGUGAGCCAGGCGAAGCAGUCCGGUGGGGACUUCCCUUCCCCACCACCCGAAUGUGCCUGCUUUCCUCCACCUCCCCCGGUCUCCGAGCUCUUCCCUCCUCCUCCACCUACAGGAAAUGACCUCUACAGCGGCGGACCUCCCAGGGUCGCUGUGGUGAACCCCCAGCCCCAAGCUCCCCCUCCUCCGCCGCCCGUCUCCCUUGUAAGCAACUCGAUAUGGGGAAAGAACUCGUUGAAAAAGGCUCCCCCACCCACACUGGGCCGGCGUAGCAAUGCCACCCCAGAGCCUCCACCUCCCACUUCAUCACCUCCACCCACAUCUCCAAAGGGGAGCUCAGGUCAGCCCAAUUUCUUGGAGGAUCUCAGUCAGACGCUGAAGCGAAAGUCGGUCAGUCGCCAGGCUGGGAAGCUGGACGUUGUGGGGACGAUGGACGACAUGGCGCUGCCUCCGCCACCCCCCGAGCUGCUCCUGGACCAAGGGAAGCAGAGCAACGGAGGAAGCGUUGGCUACAUGUCGGGAAACAUCUCAGGCUAUGCAACGCUACGACGAGGACCCCCACCUGCACCUCCCAAACGAGGGGAUGCUACCAAACUUACAGGCUGAACUCCGAGGUCGGGACUUAAUGAACAGACUUACAUAUAUAUAAAUAUAUAUGAAAAACCAAACCGAUCAUGGUCAAAUGUGUUUUUUUUUUACCACGCGAGGCAGCGUAGGUCCUUUGAGCAGUUGGUCUUUCAGAUUGCCGUUUAUAAUCCGUUGCCAUGUAGGACGUUACUGGAUCCAGGUGUGAGCCCAACCACAUCUUUGCUUCUUCGCCAUAACGUGUGUAAAGGCAACAAAACCCCGUCAGGACUUUUGUUUUAUCCGCUUUGAUACUGCAUGGACCAUUGGCUGUAAAUCAUCAGGCUGUUCCAAGGUGUGUGUGUGUGUGUGUGUGUGUGAGAGAGAGAGAGAGAGAGAGAGAGAGAGAGAGAGAGAGAGAGAGAGAGAUGCAUGUUUGAGGUAGUUAAUGAGAGUCUUUGUGUGUGUUUUUAUUUGCUUUUAUAUAAAAUAAUUUAAAGAAGAUUUGUUUUAUAAAUGUCUUAAUGAUCUGAUCUACGGAGGUCUGCUGAGAUCAGGACGUUGGAAUGUAUGCGAGAGGCGACUUCAAACAUUUGUGCGAAAACUCAAGAAUCUCUAGACUGUUUCACCACUCGGCUAAUGCAAAUCAGAAGGACGCCUUAUUCCCAAAGUCCUGCACAGAGGUCAGAAGCUAAGGGGAGAUAUCUUCCAAAGUCUGGACUGUGCAGAUGAACAAAGAGGUGUAGGCCUGUGAUGGUGUGUGUCUGUGGAGUGUGUCUACGUUCCUUGUGUGUUGGCUGGAUUUUGGACCUUAUCCUUCAGCUUGCAUCUGUACAGCUGCUUUGCUUUGGUGUCCACCAUCGUCUUAAAUCAUCAACAUCUAGGAAACAGACUGAGAUCUCAUCUCCUUGCACCAGGCGGUCCUGUUUAUGGAGGUCUGUUUCAUGUACAGGGCAUCAAAUCAUGUAUUUAACAACCCAUCAUCAGACUUAAGUGCUUUCAACUCCGUUUCUUCAUGGUGCCGUCGCUGCCUCGUCAGGAUGUUUUUAUCUAUAGAAGUCUACGCAGCAAUGCUUUUAUUUUGAAGGUGCUGGUGCUGUCCUAAUGAUGACUCUAAAUGCUCCAGGAUGGCGUAUCGCUAAUAUUUCACCCCUGAACUCCACAGGAACAUGUGCAAGUCAGUUUUGUUUCCACUUGAAGGCUGUUUAUCUUUUCUUAUAACCCAAUAAUCAUUCUAGACAGGAAGUUUGUGGCGGUAAGUUGUCAGUGUGCUGGUGUGAACAUGUGAGGGAAAAGUGAAGUUUAAAAAAAAAAAGAAGGUUGAGGAUCAAGUUCUGAUGUUUCCUCUUGCAUUUAAACUGAAAAUCACAAUAUAAAUGUUCAAACUAGA